AUGAAAUCAAGAAGAUACCUUCCAAACUUGUUGAUUAGUGGUACUCCGGGUACUGGGAAAUCUAGCACCUGUGAGCUACUAAAGCGUGAAUUAGAAGAUUAUAAAUAUAUCAAUAUAUCUGAUUUUGCCAAGGAAUUCAAUUGUUAUGAUGGGUUUGAUAAAGGUCGUAAGUCGCAUAUUGUUGAUGAAGAUAAGUUAUUGGAUGAAUUAGAACCAAUACUUAGAGAAGGACAUAAUAUUGUCGAUUGGCAUGUCAAUGAUGUGUUUCCUGAAAGAUUAAUUGACUUGGUGGUCAUUCUUAGAGCAGAUAAUUCUGUCUUAUAUGAUAGAUUACAAAAUAGAAAGUAUCACGAUGCAAAAGUCCAAGAAAAUUUGGAUGCUGAGAUAAUGGGAGUUGUCUUACAAGAUGCCAUUGACUCCUAUGCCCAAGAAAUUGUUAUUGAGUUGCAAAGCAAUAACACUGAAGAAAUGACUUCAAAUGUAGAUAGAAUUGUAUCAUGGGUUGAACUAUGGAAGAAACAACAUGCUGAUGGUGUUACUAAUGAAUUAGGUGAAAUCAAGAAAGACCAAUCAGAAUCUGAAGAUGAAAGCGAAAGCGAAGGUGAAAGCCAAAGCGACAAUGAGGAAUAA